AAGAGAAAAAGAGAGAGGGAGAUAUUGUUGUUUGAGAAAAAAGGGUUGAAAUUUUUUUAACGAAAAAUUAGGUAGGUUUUGCUGUGUACUCAACAUUAUCGAUGGGUAGAACAGAAAUGUCAAAAACGCUGAACGCUUAUAGAAUAAAAAAAAUAGAACACAUCGGCAGAAUGACAGCCAUGACGCAGGAGGAGAUUGUGGCGGGUGCUCGCACCGUUGCUCAAGGACUGGAGACCCUGAGAGUGGAGCACAGUGGUCUUCUUCAGAGUCUACAGUCGCAGGAGGCGCCGGCAGCACGUGACAAAACAACAUUGUUGUCGAAGAAUAUCGAGAUGAUUGAAUUGGGUCUUGGUGAGGCGCAAGUGAUGAUGGCACUGGCGAGUCAUUUGCAAAUGGUCGAGGCUGAGAAACAAAAACUUCGAACCCAGGUGAAGAGGUUGUGUCAGGAAAAUGCCUGGUUAAGGGACGAAUUAGCUGGUACUCAACAAAAACUCCAAGCCAGUGAACAAGCCGUCGCCCAAUUGGAGGAGGAGAAAAAGCAUCUCGAAUUCAUGGCAAACAUGAGACAAUACGAUCCAGAUCCACCUGUUGACGAUGAGAAUGCCAAGGAUAGACCAAAAGAUGAUCCCAUCGAUCUCUCACUGUUUCCUGAUGACGAUGCUGAGGAGCGAAACAGUAAGUCAAUGUCACCGACUCCACCUUCGCAAUUUGCACAGCAAGUUAAUGCUGGUUACGAAAUUCCGGCACGUUUACGAACUUUGCACAAUCUUGUUAUUCAAUAUGCAAGUCAGGGUCGCUAUGAAGUGGCAGUACCGCUCUGUAAGCAGGCCUUAGAGGAUUUAGAGAAGACAUCUGGUCAUGAUCAUCCUGAUGUGGCCACAAUGUUAAAUAUCCUCGCCUUAGUUUACCGAGAUCAAAAUAAAUACAAGGAAGCGGCAAAUCUAUUGAAUGACGCAUUGGCAAUACGUGAGAAGACACUGGGUGAAAAUCAUCCGGCAGUUGCGGCGACAUUAAAUAAUCUUGCCGUUCUCUAUGGGAAACGUGGCAAAUAUAAGGAAGCCGAACCAUUAUGUAAACGGGCAUUGGAAAUUCGUGAAAAAGUUCUUGGACGCGAUCAUCCCGAUGUUGCCAAGCAAUUGAAUAAUCUUGCAUUGCUUUGUCAAAAUCAGGGCAAAUACGAGGAGGUUGAACGUUAUUAUCAGCGUGCAUUGGAAAUCUAUGAGGCGAAACUUGGACCGGACGAUCCUAAUGUUGCAAAGACGAAAAAUAAUCUUGCAUCUUGUUACUUGAAACAGGGGAAAUACAAGGGUGCCGAAGUUCUUUAUAAACAAGUAUUAACAAGAGCUCACGAAAGGGAGUUUGGUGCUAUUGACGGUGAUAAUAAACCAAUUUGGCAGGUCGCUGAGGAGAGGGAAGAGAAUAAACAUAAGAACAAGGAGAAUGCUCCAUAUGGAGAGUAUGGAGGAUGGCAUAAAGCAGCAAAAGUUGAUUCACCGACAGUAACAACUACACUUAAGAAUCUUGGUGCACUUUAUAGACGUCAAGGCAAAUACGAAGCCGCCGACACACUCGACGACUGUGCCCUUAGAUCGCGAAAAGAGCAUGUUCAGCAGGCCCUGGAUUUAGUAAAACAAUCAAAAGUUGCACAAAUUUUAGGCGAAGAGAAAGGAUCUACGAGACGUGGUUCCAGAUCUAGUCUGGCGAAUAGCGAGCACGAACAACAAGACGAGGAGCGAAAACAGUCAGUUCGAGCUCAAUAGAGAGGUGAAAACAUUUCCGAUGGGAAAAAGAAGCGAGUGAUUUGAAGGAAGUCAAAGGGCUCACCAAUGUUUCGUCAAAACGUUGAAUUGAUGCCUAACGUCAUCCAUUGACUGGAUAGUUUCUCUAUACAGCACAUUCCAGCGAUUCAAAAAAAACAAAAACAAAAAAUCGACACAAGAAUUGAAAUUUACAAAAUUAACGCGACUUCUGGAAUAUUUAAUGCUUUUCAUACAAUCUAUUCAGCCGUGAGAAAAAAAAUGCAGAAAAAAACCAAGAGUCGAAAAUUAAUUCCAAAGAUUCGUAUUUCUAUUAUGCAUAGGAUAUAAAAAGGCUGAAUUUUUAUUUGCAUGCACAUUGGAAAAUUGUAUGUACCACAUAUCUUUUUAUUAAUAUGAAGCGUUUUAAAACUUUCGAAAAAUUCUCGCAGCUUAAAAAAUGACUUUUUUUCAAAAGUUUCCUAAUGAAAAGAAAAAUUAAUUAUUUUCUAUUAAUUUUAAUUAUUUAAAAACAAUUGAUAUUGUACAAAAAAAAUUAAUAUAGAAAAAUUUUUUACAAAUAAAUAGUUAUUAAGACAGUAUAAAAAAUUUGUUGAACGAAAAGUCCAAUAAAAAAUGUUUUAAUAAUUAUUUAUUUAGUUAAAUGAUCAGAUAAUAAGUUUUAAGAGUCACAACAUUUUGUUUAAAUUUUUUUUUCCUACGUUUCGUAGUUUUUUUUAAGUUGUCAUUUGUGUCUAUUUAUAUUUCACCGGCUUGUAAACUUCGAUUCGCACUCGUUCGAAAGUGAUAAGAGAAAUCGAAUCCUAAGGCUGUAGUUGUAUUGCAAUAUUUAUUAUUUUAUACGAAUAUUUUAUUUAUUAUUAUUCUGCACCAACUUUAUUUUAAUUUCUAUUUUUUUUUUUUUAAUUUUAAUUUAAUAAAAUGUAAAAUUCAGUCAAGUUGAUUAAUAUUAAUUAUUAAUAUUACUUUAUUAUAAAUUUAUAAUAUUGAUUACUUAUUAAUUAAUUGACUACUUGAUUAGUAUUAUUUGAUCAAAUAUUGAUUUAAUAUUUGAUCGAAAAAUAGAUUCAGUAUUUGAUCAAUUGAUAUUAAUUAAAUACUUAAUUUUUAAUUAAUAAGUUAAGAAACAUUUGCUUGCAUUCUUAAUUGGAAAAUUUUGAAAGAAAUUUGAUAAAACAUGUUUUUCAUCUAGAAAUGUGUUUUAUUAUUUAAAAAAAAUGCUCUCAAUAAUUCUGGAUCAUGCAUUUAAAGAAAAAAUAUAUUGGAAAGUGCGCCUGAGAGCUGAAGGCCUAUUUUUUAAAAAUCUGUAAAAAAACGAUAACAAAAAUAUUAAUUAAAAAAAAUAUUUCAUUGAACGAGAAAGAAAGAACUGUUAUUAAGAAAAAAGCCAUUUUUAUACGCCGAAACAGCAAUAUUUAGAGUAUGUGAUCAUGUUCGAUGUAAAGCUUUUUGAGUCAAUUGAUUCAAUUGAAUUUCUAAUUCAGGGUGAAUAAAUGUAAUUUGAAAUUGUUAUUCACUUAAAAAAUAUUUAGUUACUUGUAUCAUAGUGAGACUUUUUUUUUUAGAAAACUGACAAAUAUCUGAGAAUCUCCAAUUCUCUUUGAAUUGAAAACUUUAAUAUUAAUUAUUUAUAUAUAAUUAUUAUAAUUUUGUUUUUAAUUUAAUAAUUGUCGUCUAAUUAUCAAAUUUUAUAAUUAAUUUUUUUUUUUUUGACUAUUUUUAUUAUUAUUAAUAAAUAAUUUUGCUUGUAAUUUUUCUAAAUUAUAAAAUUUUGUAUAAUAAUUAUUAUAAUUGCGAUUUAUUAAAAAAGUUUCAAGCAAAAAACUGCAAGAAACUACUGUCCAGAAUCGCUAGGAUGUCAAUCAUUUUAUAAUUAUAGAAAGUAUUUAUUUUGAAGAUGAGCCAUCCAUUUUUUCAGUUUCACUUAAAUUUUUAUUUAUUGAAAAUUUUGCAAAAUAAAUAAAUAAAUUUUUAACAUAUGUAUUAUUUAGCUGAAUUAUUUAAUAACUUACUUGUAAAGAAAACAAUGUGUAUAAAUUUUAAAGUAUUCUUGGCUCUCUGGUGCAAGUAUUGUUAUCUGAUGAGGAUAUAAAUGUAAGCUUUGAUUUAUAAUAAACAUUUUAAUGUAUAAA